AUGUCAAGUGAAAAUAUCGCCAAAGUAGCCGCUCAAGUAGCUGAAACCACCAAACCCGUAUCCAAUAAGAAAGCUUCUAAGAAGAAGAAUGACCAAUUCAUUUUAAAAACCCCUAAAGGAACCAAAGAUUGGUCUGAUUCUGAUAUGAUUAUCAGAGAAGGAAUCUUUAGUUCUUUAACUGCCAUGUUCAAAAGACAUGGUGCCGUUACCAUCGAUACUCCAGUUUUCGAAUUAAGAGAAAUCUUAACCGGUAAAUAUGGUGAAGAUUCUAAAUUGAUCUAUAAUUUAGAAGAUCAAGGUGGAGAAUUAACUUCUUUAAGAUAUGACUUAACUGUCCCAUUUGCUAGAUUUGUAGCAUCUAAUAACAUCGCUAACAUCAAGAGAUAUCAUAUAGCCAAAGUAUAUAGACGUGAUCAACCAGCCAUGACCAAAGGUAGAAUGAGAGAGUUCUAUCAAUGUGAUAUUGAUUUUGCUGGAAAUUAUGAUUUAAUGGUAGCUGAUUCCGAAAUCUUGAAUAUCAUAGUUGAAGGUUUAACUGGUUUAGGAAUCAGAGAUUUCAAAGUUAAAUUGAAUCACCGUAAAAUCUUGGAUGGUAUCUUCCAAGCUUGUGGAGUCAAAGAUGAAGAUGUUAGAAAAAUCAGUAGUGCAGUGGAUAAAUUAGAUAAAUCUCCAUGGGAAGUUGUUAAGAAAGAAAUGGUCGAAGAAAAAGGACAAUCUGAAGAAGUUGCCGAUAGAAUUGGAGAAUUUGUUAAGUUGAAUGGAUCAAUCACAGAAAUCUUAGAUAUUUUAAAAACCAGUGAUAUUUUGAGUACUAAUGAAUCAGCACAAAAAGGUAUUGAAGAAAUGUCUAUCUUGGCUGAUUAUGUAUCAGCCUUUGAAAUCGAUCAAUUCAUAAGUUUCGAUUUAUCUUUGGCUAGAGGUUUGGAUUAUUAUACUGGAUUAAUCUAUGAAGCUGUUACUCAACAAUCAGCUCCUCCUAAGAAUGCUGCUGAAUUAAAAGCUAAAGCUGCUAAAGCUAAAAAAUCAGAUGAUGAAGAUGCCUCAGAAUAUGUAGGUGUUGGUUCAAUUGCAGCUGGUGGUAGAUAUGAUGGUUUAGUAGGAAUGUUCUCAAAUGGUAAAUCAAUUCCUUGUGUAGGUAUUUCAUUUGGGGUUGAAAGAUUAUUUUCCAUUAUAAAGUCUAGAAUCACUUCCAAAUUAGAUUCAAUCAAUUCUUCCCAAACUCAAGUAUACGUCAUGGCUUUCGGUGGUGGUGAAGGUUGGAAUGGUCUCUUGAAGGAAAGAAUGUCAAUAACCAAAAAAUUAUGGGAUGCUGGUAUAAAUACCGAAUACUUAUAUAAAUCAAAAGCUAACAUUCGUAAACAAUUCGAUGCUGCCGAAAAAUCAGGUGCUUCUUUGGCUGUUAUCUUAGGUAAAGAAGAAUUCCCUCAAGGUAAGUUAAGAAUCAAAUUAUUGGGUCAAGGUAAUGACAGUGAUGAAGGUGAAUUAAUCGAUGUGGAAGAUUUCGUUAAAGUUGUAGAACAAAAGUUGAGUGAGGUGAAUAAAGAUGGAUUAGAUGAGAUUACUAGAUUAAUCAGAAACUUAUAA